AUGCGUCCCGUCAUCAUCGCUUCAGCUUUUGCAGCCUUAGCCUUUGCCAAUCCACUUCCCCAAGACAUCGAUUUGGGUGCCAUUGACGCUCUUCCGCAAGCUGAAGUGUCUGCUGCUCCAGUCGACGUCUCUUCCCAAGAUGUCGGGAUUAAGCCAGUUUCUGAUGCCGUCCUCGAAGGAGCUGCGGCAGUAAACGAUGUUGCUGCUCCAGACGGAGCCGCUAGAAAGCGCAAUCUUUCCAAACGCGAUUGCGAGCAACAACCUCUCGGCUAUGGCCCAAACUCCAAACCAGAUACCGCCGAUGCUUUUUUGGCCGACCCUCAAUACAACAAGGUUGCUUCUAAAGCUCCUACCCCACAAGGGUACACUCUUGCUUUCUCUGAGCUCAAAGGCUCUACCCAGACCACCUCGUAUCUUGGUUAUAAGACCUUGAAAUCCUAUGACACUGUUGAGUGUGCUCAAUACUGCGAUCAACAAGAAGCCUGCAUUGCCUUCAACAUCUACUUUGAACGUGAUCCCACUGUUGAUCCUGGCUACAAGUGCUCCAACCCACCUUCCACCAUCAACUACAAAUGUGUGAAGUGGGGUGUUCAAAUCAAGAAGGAGACUGCUACCAAUACUGGCCAAUAUAGAAAGGACUUCCGCGUCGUCAUUUCCGGAUCCAAUGGAUACAACAAAAAGUACUCCCCAGAACCUUGUGAUAAAUACAAUGGCCCAGUUUCUCUCGGAGGAGCCAUGCAGGCCCCUCUCGAUCCAGUCACCAAGACUGAUACCUACAUGGGCUACAAGUUCUUCUCUUUCGACGAUGUCAAAACCUACGAGUACGGAGUCGUCGCCUGUACAUCCGCCUGCACAGCGCAAUCCAAAUACAACCUUGAGCAUCCUCCUUCUUCCGGCCACCCAGCCAUCUGCAAUCAAGCCGUCGUCUACGUAUUGAGUCAAAGCAACAAACCUCAAGGAAUCUACUGUUCCAUGUAUACCGAAGUCUGGGCUCCCAACCACGCAACCAACUACGGCCAAUGGAGAGGAUCCGAGUACUGGUCUGUUAGCCAGGCGUACUCCUAUAGCAGAGCAGACUAUGAUGCCAAGUACCCCAAGGCUAUCUGUGAUGUUGGAGGAUGCCCAUCGGACUCCUACAAGGGCGGUAACUGGGGCGGAUGGGGAUCCGAAAAGAAAUAAAUCGUACGAUUCCUUUCAUUCAAACGGAUUCACUCUAACUUAUGAUUUCGAUGAUGGCUAUGACGGAU